AUGCGUGUGGUGAACUGUGAGUCCAUGUCUUUACACCCCCCACCCAUGUUCCUGUCUGUAGGCUAUGCUAACGGCUACACCAAUGGUAACGGCUACGCCAAUGGUAACGGUUACGCCAAUGGUAAUGGCUACGCCAAUGGAGCUGGUGGCUACCCGGCAGAGUUAGCCGAUGGGGCUGGCAUGGGAGGCAAAGCAGGGAAGGGAGCAGGUGGCGCUGGUUUGGGGCCCGCUGGUUCCCUGCCCUAUGGGGGCCAGCCUGUGGUCGCAGCUGGGCUGGGUGCUGACGGGAAGUCUGGAGGGUACGGAGCCGGCCCAGUGCCUUUGGGACUGAGUCCUGAUGCCAGCCUGGGUAAGGAGGGCACUACUCCACUCAUGCUGGUGGUUACGGUCAGCUUCCAUACAAUGGCGCCCCAGUCUUCCCAGCUGGGCUAG